AUGCUAUCUUUUGAGUCCCUAAGUGUACAAGAUGAAGACUGUGCAUCACCUACUGACGCGAGUUGGGCCCAGAAUGAGUUUGAAACAGACCUAGAGUCAGAGGAAAAUGAAGAUGGCAAUAAGGAAAUGAGCACUGCUGAAGUGUACCUGGAGGCAUGCAGACUGCUGGGUGUGGUGCCAGUAUCUUACUUUUUGAGAACUCUUCGAUCCACAACAGUUAACCUCAGCCACCAUGGGCUGGGGCCUUUGGGCUGCAAGGCUAUUGCUAUUGCCCUUGUGACUGACAUGAAGAUCAACAAACUGGAAUUGGCUGACAAUGGCAUACUGGCUGAAGGAGCCAAAUACGUGGUGGAGAUGCUGAGGGCUAAUUUCACGAUUCAACAUGUGGAUUUAUCUCAAAACAGUCUGCUGAGCACAGGAGCGCAGUAUGUUGCAAACUUGUUACUGGACAAUAUUUCUCUGAAAUCUAUAAAACUGUCAGGAAAUGGUUUUAUCGAUGAGGAUGGCAAAUACUUUGCAGAUGCUUUGUCAACUAACUCCAGGAUAAAGGAGCUGGACUUGAGUCACAAUGAGUUCUGUGGAAAAGGAGGGGAGCACUUGGGACAUCUUUUAGCCAACAAUGAGGGACUUGAGGUGCUGGAUCUAAGUUGGAACUGCCUUCGAAUGAAAGGAGCUGUGGCCCUUUCUGCAGGGCUAAAGGUGAACACAAUGCUGAAACAUCUCGACCUUUCAUGGAAUGGAUUUGGAAAUGAAGGAGCCCUGGCCAUGGGAGAAGCACUCAAAUUCAAUAACACCUUGGUUCACCUCAACCUAAACAACAAUCGUCUGACAAAUGAGGGUGUGGGCAUGCUCUGCAAAGGUCUGGAGUUCAAUGACACACUGCGGGUUCUGCUGCUGUCCUACAACUCUAUAACAGUAGAGGGAGCACUUGCACUGGUCAAUGUAGUGAAGUACUCCCUGAGAAGUGCUUUGGAGGAAAUCAAUAUAAGUAAUGUGCUUGUAAAUGAGAACUUUGUGCACCUGUUGGAGCUGACAUGCCAGGAGCACCCCAGUCUGGAUGUUCAGUAUGGUGGGGUUGGGGGCUUUAUUGCAAAGAAGCCUCCAAAACGUGUGGAUCCCAUGAAAGUCAUCCAGGAUUAUUUGGAUGAGCGUAAGCUGCGUCUUUGGGACUUCUUCCGAAACAUUGACAAAGAUGGCACCAUGAGGGUUCCUGUUGCUGAGUUCCGGAAGGCUGUACAGCAAUCCACCAUUCCUUUGGAUCGGUACCAGAUAGAGGACUUGAUUCAGAGGCUUGACCGUGACAAGACAGGGAUUGUAGACUACAGGGGUCUUGCCGACACUAGAAAACAAAUGAUGAGGGACCACCGCCGCCAUCUGAAGAAGGUUGAGUCCAGGCAGAAGAAGGAGAAGCAGAAGAGUGACCGCAUACUGAAGACCUUCCAGACCGCAGUGGAGGCAGUCACCCCACACGGCUCUAUGGUUAUGUCCCCAGGCACUGGCAAAGAGGACCCUAGCGGCCCCCAGCCCUUCUCCGCCACCCCCCUCAGCUCCUGGCACCACAUUGUCAUGUCCCACAGCAGCCGUUACCUCAGCAAUGACCAUGUCCACCUGCCCAUGCUAGGAAGCAGCACCCACUACCGGCCCACCAGUUCCCCAGCCAUGAGGUCCUACUCGCAGCCCAACCUGCUGGAUGAUUCUCCGCUCAUGUCCAGGGGGAAGUCCAUCUCUGCUCAGGGCGCUCACUCCGACCCAGAGAUGAGCCGGCACUCAACCCUCACCAGAUCCAGACCGGCUCUGAACCCUAAACCACCGGAGGGCAAACCUAAGAAGAAAGGCAAGAAGAAGAAAGUUAAGAAGCGUGUGGAUAAAGACACUAAGAAGUAA